AUGUCCGCAACAGGGAGUUGCAGUUUGCCGGAAUCGGAGUCCCACGGGCAUCUCGUCAAGGAGGUGAGAAGUCACGAGGUUGCGAUAGCCGAGCUCAGUAACCUUCCUGAUUCUAGGGCUGUCUACCGGAGAAAUGGCAAUCUAUUCUUCCGUACAACUGUUCAGAAAGCAACAACAUCAGAACAAAAACAAGUGGACAUGGUCAAAUCUAAGUUACAAAAAUUAAGCUCCUAAUGAGUCUAACAAGAUCCAUCCAGUUUGAGAGGUUGGGAAGAGGUAAAACCAACUCUUCGCUUGUGGAGAGCGUGAAUCUGACUUACUUUUUAGGUUAUAAGCAUUUUUGGAGAUUAUAUACCUGUUGAAGUUGGUAUUACCAUAGUGUUUUUGACUUUACCAUAUUGUUAUAGUUAUAUUUGAUUAUAUUUCAUUUCAAUGUGCUACUUGAAAUUACAAACUUGCGUAAUUUUAUAAGUAGUCAGAUUUGCAAGUUUGUCUCCAUCAGACCCGAACUGGCCGCUUCUCAUUGUAUGUAUGCAAGUGAGAUUCGGAGAGAGCUGUUAUUGAAUUGAAGAGCACUUUAACAGAGAGGGUUAACUAUUUUGACUGAAGAGUCAUUAUUUAAUCUGAAGCAAAUUUAAUGUUAUUGACAUAUUUAUUAUUUA